CUUUCAUGCCCAGGGCUUGGUCCACUACCUCACCACCGACAGCCCUAUGCCUUUCCAGCUCGCCGGCGCUUCGGGUGUCUCUAGUCUCACCAGGUCUUCGUGCUGCCUCAACAGUGAGCAGGACGUGGCUAUGUUGGUGUUCAGUAACGUGAGUGAGACGCUGAGGGUCGCGUCGGAGCUAAACCUUGAGCAAGUGACGUGUCCUCUGCUCCUGCUCAGCCUCUCCGCCAACUAUGAUGAAAGAUUAGUGUUAAAGGCAGUGUCGAAAGUACGCCGCUCUGUUCUGCUGAAGCUUGAUCACCAGAGGCUGGACCGCCCUGUCCUCACCCUCACCACCUUCAAGCCAUUUCAGGCACCAGAGGAACAGUUUCCCUUGGAGGCAGUGAGUAGCCCCGAGGACUUACGGCUAUGGGACAUCUUUGAGGAGCGUUUCGGGGACUUCCACGGGCGGAUGCUUCAAGUGGCCAGCUGGAUCGACGACUUCCCUUUCUUGUACUACGACUCUAGUGAGCGGGUGCAGGGCAUGGCCAAAGUGAUACUGGACGAGAUGGCAAGUCGUCUGCACUUCAACUACAGCCUACAGAAGGAGCCUCCAGACGGUUACUGGGGCGAAGUGGUGAACGGCACUUGGAUGGGCAUGGCGGGCCAGCUGGUGCGCGGCGAGAAGGAUCUCAUUGUGGACGGAUUCGCCAUCCUGCACGACCGCUAUCUCGCCCUUGACCUCUCCGUUCCAUACUUCACUGACUCAUACAGCGCUUCCCUUAAGGUGCCCCAUACGUGGCCUUCUCUACAGGUGCCGCCGCCAGUGCCUCGCUGGAUGGCCGUCACAUUUCCUUUCCAAUGGGUGGUGUGGGUGACGGUGGGCGUCUGCCUCUUGUGCUUGGCUCUUAUUCUCCAUCUCUUCACCAUCAAAAAACUCUGGCCCCUCCACUUGUACUGCACAGACGUGGUGGUGGCAGGGCUGUGGCUGGGACAGGCUUUAGUUAAUCAAACCGUGAUUCGCCUCCCCGGGGCCACUGGAACAAGGCCACUAGUGGCUACGUGGUGGCUGGCUGGCCUGGUUUUGUCCACCUCCUACAAAGGAAGCAUCAUCGCCUUUCUCACUGUUCCCGUCCAGACUCCGCGACUCUCCACCCUCAGACAACUUGUUGACACCGAUCACAGUCUGUUCAUGUUGGAUUACGGCGCCUUCCUCCCUGGGUUAUUGCGCACUUCGGCAGAUCAAGUGUAUCGCAGUUUGGGUCAAAGUUUGCAGCUCCUCCGUUCUUACGAUGUUAUCAAGGACGAGAUCUCGGCAGGCCACGCCUUCGUGGAGGGAACACACUACACCCAAGCGCUGCUGGUGCGGUGGGGCAUGCAGGAUGUUUACGUGGUUGACGAGAAAAUGUUCCCUAACUACAAUGCCUGGGCUUUUCAGAAGGGAACACCGUGGAGGCAUCUCUUUGACAAUGUACGAGUAAAAGAUCAGCCAGAGAUACUCAACGACUCCAGCAACAGGCAGUACCCAGUAAAAAGAUUGGACUGGCACUCACUGGCAUGCCUACAGACACCUUCAAUCUUCCACGCACUCAUCGACUAUGUUAUAUCAACAACUAUUAGCACGAUAGCUGAUAGGCUGUGUAGGCCUGACGGCUUCUUGGAGAUUUCCACAUUUUCUUAUGUUCUCACAUUCUUAUACUAUGAAUCAUUGCAUAUCGCAGUCAAAACGUUAACUGUGCUUAUGGCCUUGUUCAGAUAUCUGGUAAGGAUGGUGGAGGCGGGGCUGAUCAACUACUGGCACAAGGAGACUAUACGCAGUUUCCGAAGAGAUCAUGGUUUGCUGCCUGAAACAGUGCAACGAAACAGCCUCUCCCUGAGGCCGCUCUCCCUGCAGGACACUCAGGGAACCUUCCUUCUUGUGGUGCUAAUUUUGGCCGUGGCGGUGAUCGUCCUGGGCCUCGAAAUUCUGUGCCAGCGCUUUGACACUCCCACCUCAGAUACCAAGCUUAGUGCUGCAGGUGAUAGCUCUUUCUGCGUCCCGGUGUCCUGGUGAAUCUUUGACGGAACGCUAAUCAUCGAGGUGAAGAGUUUGAAUGGAUGAAGGGUAUUUGAUACUCCAUCGAACUUAGAUACUGUUGCUGACUAGAGAAAACAGUGACCAGAAGCAAUCAUGGAUGUAAAGUAGUUAAGAUUUGUCGUCGUUCUCUUUAUAUUAGGUCAAUUAUCGUUAUCGCUGAAUAAUAUUGUUUUUCGUGUCCUAAAUAACAAAAAGCAUCAAUGGACGAGUAAAGAGAUGAAAUGAA